AUUUGGUCUGAAACGAAGCCCACCGGGCAACCGCGCCGGUCGGUACCCUCCCGCAGUUCCACGUUCAUUGUGUAUUUACAAUAAUGCAUCGCAUUCAGUUCAGAAAGUUAUCUCCCUGUUUGACUAAGCACUUUGUUUCGAAUUUGCAAACAGACUGCUAUCUUAUCGGCUCAUAUUAGUAGAAGUUGUACGGCGGGUACACGCGUCGGUGACUGUUUCCUAAAACUGUGAUGUGAGCUCUCAUCUGUGUUAGUGAUUAUACUCUGUGAUUUUUUGUUUAGAUCGUAUUGAAGAUAUUGUUUAGUAACAAUGAAUGAAGGCACCGUUGAUAUCCAAAGUGAAUUGGAGAAAUUAAGACGUCCGUCGUACAGGCCACCUCCAGACAAUGAAGAGAUUAAAGAAACGAAGACUGCACCAAGUCAGGAGACUGAUGAUCCACAGAAGUACCGGCUGAUACUAGAGCCAGCCCUCGUGGGCGCUAUGAUUGCGAUCAAUCUAGGUCAGACCUCGCUACAGAACUUUUAUUUGCAAACUGCCUGUACAGUCGACCUAGGGGUGGAUUUAGAAGUUUGUUUAAAAGGAGAUAUGGAGACAUUCCAGGUAUCAUCCUUAAUAUACGUGAUAGUAGCAGUGAAAGAUGUCAACGUGAAUAGGGACAAUAAAGUGUCUGUCUGUAAUUGGAAGCUACCGUUCAAUGCAGUGUACUGUCUAGUGAAGCCUAGAGAGGGACGCAAGAGAACUAUUAUAUUCCUCAUGCUGGUGGUCACGCUUGGAGAUAGGAUGCUGUUAUCUGCGGAGGUGUUAAUCGCCUACAUGUACUACCGGUAUAAGUUCCACUGGACUGACGUCAUGUUCGGGUCCUACCUCGCAUACAAGAACAUUGUUAGUUUCAUUGGUACAUUGUUAAUUCUGUCAAUACUAAAGCGUCGGUUACGACUAUCCGACGAGACGGUGGGCAUGCUGAGCUGUGCCUCCUACAUCCUUGCUACCUCGGGCCUUAUUGCGGCCACCAUGACGUGGUGUGUUUUCAUGUUGCCCUUGGUUGGUAUUAUUGCACAAGGCUCGCAGGUGGUACAAAGACCUCUACUGAAUAAGCAGAUAUUACCGACAGAACAAGGUAAAAUUUACAGCGUGAUGGGCUCUUUAGAAUCGGCUAUGCAGACGAUGUCUUCACCUUUAUACUCUUUGCUUUACACAAAGACCGUUGCAACUAUGCCAGAUGCAUGGCUACUGCCAGGCAUAGGACUAGCAUUUAUCCAACUAUUUUCAUAUUUAAUAUCAAGGAAACUACGGCAAUCACAAGACUUAAAAACAAAUCCAACAGAUCUCGCUGAAACUGGGAAGAAUACAGAAGCUAAAAUACCAUUGCGAACUAAGGAGGUUAAGUAGUAUUUAUUACUUUGUAUUUAAUUUUGUUAAGUGAACAAAAAGCAUUUUGUAAACAAAAAUGUUAAUUAAGUUAA